AUGGUUGAUGGAACCGAACUCGGUACACUACUAGGAACCCUCGAGGGGUUAAAGCUUGGAAUGCUUGAUGGAACCGAACUUGGUACGCUGCUUGGAACAGUGGAGGGGAUAGAGCUUGGAAUGGUUGAUGGAACCGAACUCGGUAUGCUACUAGGAACCCUCGAGGGGUUAGAGCUUGGAAUGCUUGAUGGAAUCGAACUGGGUACGAUACUAGGAACCCUUGAGGGGUUAGAGCUUGGAAUGCGUGAUGGAAUCGAACUGGGUACGCUACUAGGAACCCUCGAGGGGUUAGAGCUUGGAAUGCUUGAUGGAACCGAACUCGGUAUUCUACUUGGAAUAGUUGAGGGGUUAGAGCUUGGAAUGCUUGAUGGAACCAUACUUGGUGCGCUUGAACCAGUGGAGGGGAUAGAGCUUGGAAUGCUUGAUGGAACCAAACUGGGUACGCUACUAGGAACGCUUGACGGAAUGGAUGAUGGGUUUUUACUGGGAAUGCUCGAUGGAAUAGUUGAUGGGGUCCCGCUGGGAAUUGUUGAUGGGACAGAAGAUGGAUACAGGCUGGGGAAUGUUGACGGAUUGCUACUUGGAAUCUUCGAUGGGAGGGUUGAGGGAACAAUGCUGGGAAAGCUGGAUGGGUUCUUGCUUGGAUUGCUUGAUGGGAUAUUUGAUGGUGAAUUACUCGCCGCUGUUGUUGGGCCUGUACUUGGACUGCUCGAUGGCGAGCGACUUGGACUCCUACUCGGAGACGACGAAGGCACAUUACUGGAACUUGGCCUGGCCGAGGGGAUUGAACUUGGUGUGAAAGACGGUAUUUUGGACAACGAAGGUGAGAGUGAAGGAGAACGACUGGGCGAGCGUGAUGGAGACACCGAGGGGGAAACACUGGGACUAGCUGUUGGCGCUGGUGUUGGGGGUAGGGUUGGCCCCGUUGUUGGCGAAGGCGUUGAUUGA